AUGACGAAUGUUUCGUUGGAAGCAGCAGUCCAUAUCGAUCGUGUACUAGAGCUAUCUUACCUCAAGUUCGCAGUUCUGCGUCGUUUCAACACUUCGUUUUUUGAUAUAAUUACGCUACAACGGGGCAUAUUCAACACGACCAAGCGAUAUGUUCAUGGCGCUGCGGCAUUGCUAUUUGCCGAUAGAGAAAUACGAGAAAAUCGAAUCGUGUGGGACGAGCGCGGCCUUGUCGGUGCUCAUUGGAGAGAUAGUAAUGAUCUUGCCAACUUUGCUGGGAAACGGCGACAUGGUGAUGAUGACGACGACGACAACAACGAAACAUAUGAAAACCACAAUAACUACGAAACUGUUAAGAGCGAUUAUGAAUUAUUGACGACGAAUCCAGCGCUGGUCAUAGUCACCGCUGUAUUGACUUGUUUGGUAUGGUGCUCCGGUUAUGCUACUGAUUACUUUAUCGACCGCCAAGAACAGCUAGCGGAUUCCGUAGCAUUAUCUCAAAAGAGACUAGAAGGAGUGGAAGGGAAUGACGACUACGACGACGAUUUGUACUCUUUGGAGGAAUUGGAUAUCAAAUUGUUGGACAGUAAUGCUUAUAUUACACUAUAG